AUGAAGGGGGUGGGGAAGGAUAUGGCCAAAUAUCUUGGCGACUUUCAGUUUGGGGUCGGCGUUCCAAAUGGGGCUGAGGCGGUUCUUUAUAGUGCGAACAGGCUCUUAAAUGCGCACUACCGAGACGGGUCUUUGGCUAUGCUUACCGUCGAUUUCUCGAAUGCCUUUAACCUUGUGGAUAGAACUGCUUUUUUAAAUGAGGUAAGGAAAAUAUGUCCAUCCAUCUCUGCUUGGGUUGACUUUUUAUAUGGGCAACCAACUAGGCUUUAUGUGGGGAAUGAUUAUAUUUGGUCUUCCACGGGGGUUCAGCAAGGGGAUCCUUUAGGGCCUCUUCUUUUUGCCCUUGUUUUACACCCUCUUGUUCUCCGAAUCAGGGAUCGUUGUAAGCUUCUUUUUCACGCCUGGUACCUAGAUGAUGGGACCAUUAUUGGAGAUGCUACUCAGGUUGCCAAGGCUUUAGACAUCAUUAGAGUGGAGGGCCCCUCCUUGGGCCUCCUUCUCAACAUUAAAAAAACUGAAGUUUUUUGGCCUACAUGCGACGGGGUGAAGACUCAGGAGGGUUUAUUUCCGCGGGAGAUUGGUAGGCCGGUGCAUGGUGUGAAACUCUUGGGUGGUGCUGUCAGUAGAGAUGGGCAGUUUAUUAGUGGUUUGGCCCUCAAAAGAGCCAAAUGUGCGGUUGAGCUGAUGGGAUGCCUCAAACGCCUUAAGGACCCUCAGAGCGAACUCCUCCUGCUUCGUUCGUGUAUGGGGGUUGCUAAACUGCUGUUUGGGCUUAGAACGUGUCAGCCUUCUUAUGUCGGGGAAGCCGUCUAUGUUUUUGACAAGGGGCUUCGGAAUGCGUUCGAGGACAUUGUUGUUUGUAGGGGUGCCUUUUUCGGGGACCUACAAUGGAGGUUAGCUUCCCUCCCGACACGUUUUGGGGGGCUUGGGAUUUGUUCAGCUGAGGAUGCCUCUUCCUACGCUUUUGUGGCUUCAAGGGCCCAAUCUUGGGUUCUUCAAGACCACAUCCUUCGCGAAUGUGGGGGAGAGUUGUUGGACUCUGAUUACAAGGGUGCUUUGGACAAUCUGCAUAGUUCUCUUCCCGAUCUUGAUCUUGGCGGUUUCUACAUUAAAGACACCGCCCCUAUUAAAGCCCAGAAAAUUCUGGCGAAUGCCUUAUAUGGCGAAAUCGUCAAGACAUUUGAAAAGAAGUUUGCCUUUUCCCCUCGCCAGCAAGCCGUGUUUGAGUGUUUGCGAGCCCCCUAUGCUCAGGAUUUCCUGUCUGUUGUUCCCAUCGAAGGUUUAGGGCAAUGUAUGUCGGCUGUGGAAUACCGGGCUAUCCUCAAGUACCGUUUAAUGAUACCCCUUUUCCCGGUUGAUGACCCGUGUCCUGUAUGUCGGAAGUGUUGCUUGGAUUCUUUUGGGGAGCAUGCAGUACAUUGCAAAGAAUUACCGGGCUUUAAAUAUCGACAUGAUUUAGUUCGAGAUGUGUUGUAUGAUGUCCUUAAGCGAGCAUGGAUCUCGGCAAAAAAAGAAGCUCCGGUGAACUUCUUGACUGAUCCAUUAGAAGGGAGUUCUACGCUACGGCCCGCUGACAUUCUUGUUUUUGGAUGGGAAGGAGGGAAACACGCGUGUGUCGAUUUGACAGGUGUGUCCCCCCUCGUUGGGCUAAGGGACCACGGGUUUGUGGCGGGACAGGCGAUAACCAAGACAGAGGCGGGCAAAGUAGCUAAACACGAAAAAGCUUGCAUCGAGAAUCAGCACGUGUUCGUCCCGUUCGCUUUCGAUAAAUUUGGCGCUCUCGCCCUUGACGCGGUGCGGUUCCUAAAGCGGGUUCAACAGGUGGUGGAGAUUUCAAAGAGAAGUACAAUGAGCCUUGGAAAUGACAUUGCAACAAGAGCAAGCCAGCUAAAUGAAUCUAUAUGA